AUGGAACACAGGGCCAGUGCAACGGAUCAAGCAGAUGGAUUAGCGCGAAGGCGACGAACGACAUCGCUUGGCAAGCUGUCCCAGUUUUUCCAGAAUGGAAAUGCCAAUGAACGAAGCGGCGCAGCUUCUCUUCACUCAGCUUUGGCGGAUUUGACCCUUACUGGUAAGCUGAUGACAAAAGUAGCUGAGACGCAAAACCGUGGUAUGGCCUCACUGACGUGCUGGGCACACUGUGCCAAUAAUGCAGCGAUUGACGACGUGAUGCAACGAACCAGCCAACUUUUUGAUAUUUUCACUGAACGGCAAUUGCAAUUUGUGCGCCACUAUACGCAUUAUGUGCAGCAGCUACAAAAAAUAGAAGAUGCAGAGCGUGUGGUGAAACUUGCAGAGCGUAAUGUAGAAGAACUGGAUGAGAAGGAGAAGAAGCUGAGGCGGGAAAUCCAGAAAGGAGUUUCAUUCUUCAGGCAGCGACGUGGUGGUGACAUUUACUUGCUAAGGCAAACACUUGAACAGGUACUUCCUUCGCCUCAGUCAUAAUU